UACGACAAUGUUAAAUCACACCACCAGAAAUUUUUCUUAUGUGUUCUCCAUUCCAGAACCACCAAAGUAUAUCAUCAUCGUCGCAAGUGUAAUGUAUUCCCUCAUUUUCAUCGCUGGAUUCAUCGCCAACAUCUCAGUUGUCGUCGUUGUUUGCGCUGUGAAACGAGUAAGAUCUCGAAUGAGUUUUCUGUUUGCAAACUUAAGUGUUGCAGAUCUUCUCGUCUUGCUUGUUUGUAUGCCAUCGGCCGCCAUCGACCUUUUUGCGAAAGAAGUGUGGUAUCUUGGUGAAUUCAUGUGUAAGUUUGUACCGUUUGUGGAACACCUGGUGUCUCUGGCCUCAGUCCUCACGAUUCUGGUGAUCACCUAUGACAGAUACAGAGGGGUCUGCUAUCCCAUGAGUUCCGGCUGUUUCUGGUCAAAUCUCAGGGUGCCGACCGUUGUCUUUCUAGUUUGGAUACUGGCUGGUGCUGCUAGUCUUCCCAUAACAUUUAUUGCCAUUUUUCGUGAUUCAAAAUUCUUUGACGGAACGCCAAUAAAAGUUUGCAGAAUGCCUAUCAACAGUUCAUGGAAAAUCGCGUACAUCCUGGGCAUCUUUAUUUUCUUUUUCAUCGUGAUUUUGAUGGUGUUAUGUUUUUUAAUUUUCCGUAUGUGUAAGAAACUCUUGUGGCACGCCCAAUUCCUGGAGGAUCGGGCCGAACAGGACUCGGAGAAGACGGUAUCGGGGAGGCGGAGAAUCGUCUUCAUGUUGAUCAUUGUCAUCGUCACAUUCUUCUUGUGUCUUCUGCCUCAAAGAAUUGUGGGAAUUUGGAUCAUUGUUGCAGAUCACGGAGAGCUGCACUCUUUGGGACUGGAGGGGUAUCUAAACCUCAUAACCUUUCCCCGAGUCCUCAUGUACAUCAGCAGUGCAUCGAAUCCCAUCAUCUACAACAUCAUGUCUGCUAAAUUCAAGACGGCUCUGAGAGACAUUCUUUGUCAUUGCAAGAUUUGCACAGAGUGUCAUUCUCCAUUACCAAGGUUAAGAGAUCGGACGAGUAGCUUUCAUUUGUCCCGGUUAUCGCUAAGUUCGCGAGGUACACACUGGUCCCCCCGGUCUCGCCAUUCCACGGGGGAAUCUUUUCACCAAGAAUCCAAGGUCAUGUUAAAAAAAGACAGAUCUAUUGAAAGUGUUUUGUAGCAAUAUUAUGAUAUAUGUAUUUAGAUGUC